CACGAUUCCACUUCCCGGUUUCGGCUUAAGUUUCCAUGUAACAUAAUUGAAACCAGCAAAAGUGCAAAACAAUCACUUUACAUGUGUUGUUUUAGCUUUUUCUUCAUAUCUCCGCUUGUUUAACCAAACCAGCGACACAUAGCAGAGAGAGGGUUCGAGUGUGAGAGGGAGCCCUAAACAUUGGGUGUUCAUUUCGUAACGAGAGAGAGAGAGAGAGAGAAUAUGGAUCACAUUAGCAAUCUACCAGACGGGGUUCUUUGUCAUAUUCUGUCUUUCCUUACUACAAAGGAGGCUGCUUUGACAUCUAUUCUCGCCAAGAGGUGGCUCAACCUUGUCGCGUUUAUCCCUUCUCUUAAAAUCGAUGACACUGUGUUCCUGCAUCCUGAAAAGGGUAAAGGGGACAGGGAAGACGUUAAACAGAGCUUCAUGGACUUUGUGGAUAGAGUUUUGGCGCUGCAGGGUAACUCUCCCCUAAACAAAUUCUCCCUCAUGUGUGUUACUGAUGUUGAUACGGAUCGUGUGGAUGGUUGGAUAAGCAGUGCGUUAGCUCGUGGUGUUUCGGAUCUUGAUCUGAAGAUCAUCAACAACGAAGAAUUUUAUCAGCUGUCUCCAAAAUGCUUUGAGUGCAGCACACUAGUUAGUCUGACCAUAGGCUCUGGGAUUGAUAUUUCCUUGGUUGCUGGUCGCAUUCGCUUACCGUUGCUUAAAACUCUGGUUCUUGACUCAGUUUCUGUUUGUCCGAAUGAGUUUGAGACUCUGCUUCAUGCUCUGCCUUCCCUUGAGGAAUUGCUUCUUGUUUAUGUAGUCUGGAAAGGUAUGGAUGUCACAGUGUCAAGUGCAAGCCUCAAGACCCUAACAAUAAAGUUAUGCUUUUGGUUAAACACUUUAUCAUUUGAUACACCAAGUCUCCUUCACUUUAACUACUCUGGUUUAGUUGCACCGGACUAUCCAGUAGUCAAUAUGGGAAACUUGGUUGAUGCUCAAAUCGACUUCUUCUUACCGGAUAAUGAUGAAGAUGCUCAUCGUUAUAGUAAGGUGUGGAAACUCUUUCAUGGCACACGUAAUGUACCGAAUCUUAGCUUUGGUCCUGAUACUCUUGAGGUGAUUUCUAUGUGCUCUGAAUCGAUGCCAGUGUUCAACAACCUCAAAUCAUUAGCUAUUGAGAGUCACGAGUGUAAAGGAUGGCAAGCAAUGCCAGCUCUUCUAAGGAACUGUCCACAUUUAGAAACUCUAGUCCUUCAGGGUCUCCUGCACCAUGUGACAGAUAAGUGUGGGGAUGCUUGUGACUGCAUUUCUCGGGAGGACAAAGGACUUUCACUCAGACUUUGUCCAGUGAAAGUGAUGAAGAUCCAUGGGUUUCGAAGAACAAUGGAAGAGAUGGAAUUGAUUAAGCAUUUCUUGUACUAUUUUCCAUGUUUGAAGGAGAUCGAGGUUCAUGCUGAAGAGAAUAAUAAUCCUACACAACUAAGAAGCCAACGUGUCAUGGAGAUGUUCGAACUCUACAACGAGUUAUCGAGUUGCAAUGUCCAACUCUUCAUAUGAAGUUGCUGAAGAACAAAACCAUCUCCUAGUUUUUUUUUUUUAUAACGUGUGUGUAACUUGCUUGAAAACUGUCUCAAAUUUAACUAAUCUCUGAAGACUGUAGUUUCUUCUUCUCGCUUGUUAUCUCAAUCAUUGGCUAUCGACAGCUUGUUUUCAUCUACUCCUACGACAGGUGUUUGCUUUGAGUUUGUUCUUGUUGUUGUUGUCUUUGACAAAAGUUA